AUGAUUCUAGUAGGAGUUGUCCUAACGGGCGGAGUCAGCUACUUCUUAUAUCAAGAGGUUUUCUCACCGGAUAGCAAGGUUUCUUAUUUCAAUCGCGCCGUCGACCGGAUCAAGAAAGAUCCCCGAUGUUUGGAGUUGCUCGGAGAUAGCAAGAAGAUCACAGCAUUCGGUGAGGAGACAUGGAACAAAUGGAGGCGCGCACGGCCUAUUGCGUCAACAGAGCGGAAAGACCCUCAGGGGAACGACCAUUUGAUGCUACAGUUUAACGUUCAAGGCCCCCUUAACAAAGGGGCGGUCAGCAUUCAUCUCAUCAAGUAUGUUGGCCACCACGACUACGAAUACAAGUACUUCUUUUUGGAUGUUCGUGGUCACCAGAGGAUAUACCUGGAGAAUGCAGACUCCGCAUCGAAUAAAGAUGGAGGAAAACGGAAGACGAAACUACUUGGCAUCCAGUGGAGCUGA